CGUGGACGAGCCGGCAGAAGUCCAUUUGAACAUCCGACUGCGUGUCACAGAGGUCGAUCCUCCUGUAUUUUUAGAAGAAGAAGCUGGGAAUCAGAAGACAGCAUUAUAGGGUCAAAGACAAGAGAUCAAUACCAAAGCCCUGCUUUAGACCAGAAGAAGGAGAAGUGCCUUUUUGUCAAGUUACUGACUUUCACAGCUGUGACACUGAACAGAGUCCUAACCAUGAGAAGUGUGCGUGUGUGUUUCUGCUUGGCUCUGCUGCUGCCUUGGGUCGUCCAGAGCCAGAGGAGCAAUCCCGCUCUUGCUAAACUCGAUGAAGACAUACAGAGGGAUGUGCUUGCUAUCGACAUCCUGAACCGCAGCAGUGUGUUGAACUCAUUGCUCCGAUCAGAGCGUCACACUGUGCUCCAGCGAGAACGAGCCCCGCGCCCAGCCUCCCAGGUGCCAAAGAGAGCCCAGCAGGGGUCCCGCUUUGCCCUGUCCCUUGAUGUUCCCACCAGCAUCCUCAGUGUCCUCAUAGACCUGGCCAAGAACCAGGACAUGAGAACCAAGGCUGCAGCCAAUGCAGAACUGAUGGCACGAAUAGGCAAGAGGAAAUAAGAAGCGGGGCCCCUGGGAGCUGUCAGGUGCUAAAUGGACGAAAUCUCACCUCACAGAGGACUCAACUUCUUACGUUGUGACACUGGCACCUGGUUAGAAACUGUGUUAGUUCAGGUGAAAUCAGUCAUUACGGUCAGUAUCUGUCCUUUAGAGCUUAGGUUUGCUUCACUUUUAUACUUGCAUUAAAUUAUUAUAUGAUGUUGUCCCUCCAUGGACUGACUCUUGAAACAGAAGUAAAUAGAAAGAAUGAUGUAAAACAUAAACAAAAGGACACUGCAAACAAUGUCAAACAAAAGUAAGAUGAAGCUGGUCUUUUGUCUCAAAGAUUAUUCACCCAUGGGUCAGAAACUGUGAUCAGGUUCUGAAAUCUGUUUCUUGUGUUUGCAUGUGUAAUCUUGAAUUCAAAGAAAAGGUUGUUCAAUUAAAUCUAAUAUGAUAAUCAA